AUGAGUCAAAUGCAAAUUUAUGCCACGGCAGCCAAACUUUUCAAGUCAUGUGCCCAUGAAUACGAGAUUCGUCAAGAAAUGGCAACAGCUGCUUUGGCAUAUAAAUGCACGGAAGUGGCAUACAUGAGAGUGGUUUACUAUGGACAUUCUAGUACGAACCGGGAUCGGUGUGAGUUGCAAUCAACUCUUCAAGUGGUUUCUCAAGGUGAAUCUCCUUCAUCUUCAGCAUCUGAUGUUGAUAACUUAAACAAUCAAGUGGCAAUGGAUAAGGCGGCUACUUUGCCCAAGGUUACUAAUGCUCAUGUUGCUGGUAACCAUGUCAUAUCUGUUCGAACUCGUCCAAGUUUGGUCAGGCUUCUUGAUUUUACUCAUGAUAUAAAUUUUGCAAUGGAGGCUGCUACAAAGUGUCAUAGCACUUUCUCCGCGGCCAAUGCGAAGAUGGAAAAAACACGGAAUAGGGACUGUACAACUUCAAUUAAGAGGGUUAUUGAUUUCAGCUUCCAGGAUGUAGAUGAGCUUGUACGCCUGGUUCGGAAUGCGACAAAGGCAAUAAGUGGUGCUGGUCUUGGUGGUGCAAAAGAUUAA